CAGACUCACUGCUGUGCUCAGGGCUGUCUCACACAGUCUUCUUUAGAUAAACACAACCAUCAUGGCACGAUUGCUCAAAAGCCUUGGCACCCUAUUUUUGAAGGAGAGGGCACUUAGACCUGCCAGUGCCACUGCUGUCAAAUUGAAAGCCUGGGACAGGGCGAGGACGGUUCACACAGAUGCAGAUUUAGGGUCGCUUACAAGAUAUGAUGAAUCUACUAUGGUCACUGAUUGGCAAAAGAAGCUUACCCCUGAGCAGUUCUACGUGACUAGGGAAAAGGGGACUGAACUGCCUUUCAGCGGAAUCUAUCUGAACAACACAGAGCGAGGGAUGUAUCACUGCGUGUGCUGUAAUGCCCCGCUGUUCAGCUCAGAAAAAAAAUACAAUUCUGGGACAGGAUGGCCUUCGUUUUCUGAAGCACAUGGUGCGCAAGAGACAGAUGAGUGUGGCGCUAACAUUCUGAGACGUCCAGACAACUCUCUAGGGUGUACAGGAACUGAAGUCAUCUGCAAAGAGUGUGAUGCCCAUCUUGGCCAUGUGUUUGAUGACGGACCACCUCCUUCUGGGCAGAGAUUUUGUAUCAACAGUGUUGCACUAAAAUUUAAACCUAGUUAAAUUCUGUAAAGUAACUAUUCUUUAGUUUUUGUUUAGUAGUUUUUUAUGUUUUCAUUUAGUAGGAGUAGAAAAUUAUUGAUCUAGUGUUUCUCUUUGUGAAUAUUAUGACAAUGGUGGCGAAUAUAUUAAUUUGUUGUAA